UGGCUGCCACAACGAAUUCAUACUGGGCCAAUUAACACUCUUCUGUUCUCCGAUUGUCACGGCUGCUGGCAUUCAAAAGGCAACACAUGCCUUAAUUACCUCCGCUCAGCCACAGCAUGUGAUUUGCUUCAGAAUACAGGGCACUUUGUUUUAAUAGUUUUAAUUUCAUCCAGGAGGCUGAGCUGCCCUCUAAUCUUCUGUGUGAGGAAAGCUGUCCUCUUCUCCACCACCUCUUUCAAUAUUUCCAACCCCUCAUAGCCAAGAGCAGGGUAAUAAUUUACUUCCUGGCCUAAGCCACUCCUUCAGAAUAUUCCUGUGACCUUCAGACUAAUUCAUAAAAACAGAAACACCCAGUCAGGAGGCAGAGAGGGGAAAACGAAGAAAACCUCUGUAGUUAAAAGAUGACAUUCUUCCGCUUCUGGAGAGACACCGGGAGUUCAACUUUAUACAACAGCCUCCUAUAACAGGACAGCUGAUCUUGACAUUGAUAGAAGGACACAAUUUCAGAGACCUCCAAAUACUGUAUUCCUUCUUAUAUUCAACAAAAUUCUGAACGGGACGGUAGUGCAGAAGGAAGAGGUCACAUUUCCCAAGCUCUGUACACAUACCCUGGCUUGAUGCACCCACCAGGGACAGAAACCCUCUUUACUACACUUGGAAAGACAAAAGAUCUCCUAAAACAAGGGCGAGAGAAGUUUGAACAAACGGUCAAGGCUUCCAGCUCCAGGUUGUCCUCCUAUGCUGAAAGAGUUGCCACCUUUAUGGACCGUACAAAAAGCCCAGAUACUAACAGCGAGCUUUCGUUGCCAACUGAUAACAUCAACCUUGGGCCUUCUGCUAAUCCCAAUGCCAAGCCAACAGAUUUUGACUUCCUAAAGAUAAUUGGCAAAGGUAGUUUUGGAAAAGUCCUUUUGGCGAAACACAAGUCUGAUGGUAGGUUCUAUGCUGUGAAAGUUUUGCAGAAGAAGUCCAUCCUCAAGAAAAAAGAGCAAAAUCACAUAAUGGCUGAACGCAAUGUGCUACUGAAGAAUGUGAAACAUCCCUUCCUUGUGGGGCUACACUAUUCCUUCCAGACCAAAGAGAAACUCUAUUUUGUACUGGAUUAUGUAAAUGGAGGGGAGCUGUUUUUCCAUUUGCAAAGAGAGCGUUGUUUCCGUGAGCCACGAGCACGCUUCUACGCAGCUGAAAUGGCCAGUGCAGUUGGCUAUCUCCACUCACUCAACAUCAUUUACAGGGACUUAAAACCUGAAAACAUCCUCUUGGAUUGUCAGGGUCACAUCAUACUGACAGAUUUUGGACUAUGCAAAGAAGGAAUGGAACCAGAAGAAACAACAUCCACUUUUUGUGGUACCCCAGAGUACUUGGCUCCAGAAGUGCUGAAGAAGGAGCCCUAUGACAGAACUGUAGACUGGUGGUGUCUUGGAGCAGUCCUCUAUGAAAUGCUGUUUGGCUUGCCUCCAUUUUACAGCCGUGAUGUAUCUCAGAUGUAUGAUAAUAUUCUGCACAAGCCACUUCAUAUUCAAGGAACCAAGACCAUAGCAGCUUGUGAUAUCCUGCAAGGACUUCUCCAUAAAGAUAAGAAGAAGAGACUAGGAGCCAAGACAGACUUUCUUGAGAUAAAGAAUCAUAUGUUCUUCAGUCCAAUCAACUGGGAUGACUUAUAUAACAAGAGAAUAACACCACCAUUUGAUCCUAAAGUAGCUGGCCCUGCUGAUCUUCGGCAUUUUGAUCCAGAAUUCACUCGGGAAGCUGUUCCCAGUUCCAUCAUCCGUACCCCUGACUUAUCUGCCAGCAGUUCCAGUGCAACGGAUGCUUUUUUGGGGUUUUCGUAUGCACCCAACGAUGAGGACUAGAGCAACCUGUGUAAAGAAGGCUUGAGAAAUCCAGUAUUAGCUCUUGAUUUUAAUGGGAGGAAGCCUUACUCUCUGACUAAUUUUCUAACUGGAACAGAACCAGGGUCUACAGCUUUAUGAUACAAGACCUUAUAAUGUGAAUGUCCCUCUUUGCUGAGGAAAUGCUGAUUAUCCUAGUUGAAAUGAUUCUAUUUAUAAAGACUUGAACACAUUUAGUGAAACAAUCUUGUGCCAAAAUGUUGUCCUGUGAGAAUGCAAAUUAGUCUCUGUUUGGAUUGCUGUAGAUUGCUUAAGAGCGACAGAAGGUAUUCCGCAUAACCAGUUAUUCUGGGUUCAUUGGUUUUAAUGUUAGUGCAUUAUUUGUUCAUAUUGCUUGUCUCCUCACCUUGUGAUUCACCCUAGUUUGGUCCAUGUUCUGGUUAUAUUUUUCUAAGGGUCUUGUGGACUCUACUUUGUUUAUUGAGGUGCUCUAGUUUCCUACAGGAGAUUUCUUGAGAAGGCCUUUAGUACUAGUCUGAAAAUCCAGAAGCUUUCCACCAUCCACCAAUUCCUUAUAGCUACUCCUUCCAUGAAAUUUUACCCUUGCAUUCUCCAUUGCCCAAAUUUGCUGUCUUUGGACCUUUCUUUUUUUGUUUUGUUUGUGUUUGGAGAAAUGUUAUGGACCCAGAGUGAUGCCAUUUAUAAUGUGUAUAGGUUUUGUUUUUUGUUUUCAGGAUUUAAUGCUUUGCUCUCCAGCUAACUAGUGCUGAUGGGAAUGGCCUAGCCCAACAACACAUCCUUUCAGUUCUAGAUUCAGUGGCAUGUCACCUUCAUCUUGAAAAUGUUGCCAGUUCUCUGCUUAUAUUUUUAGCAACCUGAUUUAUUCUCACCACCACCUUUACUUGUAAGCUACAUAGUGAUAAAGGCCUAAUCAUAACUACCUCUUUAAAUCAAAGAUACAGAACAGCCAAUACAAUUUGUUUCUAUAAGCAUAAAGCAAGAACAGAUUUGUUUCAAAGCCCUGCCUAUUGAAAACUGCUGAGCACAAGUGAAUUGUAUCAAUGUGUACUUUUUAAUAUGCAAAAUGGAUCCAGCCUCCUGCCAAUGCAAUGAUAACAGCCUCAGUAUGAAGCCUCAUUAACUUGGUUUUACACCAAAUUAUUAUCUGUCCCAGAAACAUUUCCAUUCUGUUUUCCUCUAAAACAUGAAUAUGCAAGAUUCUAGAUGAACAACAAAGUAGGCUGAUUCUAGAAAUGAAUCCCCCUACUAUCAACCAAAGGCAAAAUACAUGCAUCCUGCUGGUUAACUGUGUAGAUUGAAGCAGAGUUGAUUCAAAUGGGCUUCCAGUAUGCAUAAGAACAUAAACAGAGGUGAACAACAUGACCCGAAGUGAAGCAGAGCUUUUAUCUUCCUCUUCAAAGUAGCAAAGAGCAAGGUAUGUACACCUAGGGUUUGGAGGACACAACUCCAAUAAGGAACAUGUACUACAGAAAUAACUGCUAGGUUUUGGUGCUUUUGUACUACUAAACAAUGGCCUUUUUAAAAAAAAAAACCUUCUGUCCAGAUUUAAUUUUCAGUGUGUUCAUUCUCUUGUCUAAAAGAUUUAUGUGCUCUUAAUUCUUAAAAGUGGUGGUUUUUAACUAUGUAUUAAGAAAUGUCUCCAAGCGCUCAAGUUUGUUCCAAGGAUCCGUUUUUGCUUGUCUUUGUCAUGAGGAUACAAUAUACAAUAAAAUAAAUGGUUUGGUUGUAA